AUGGGUAAUACUAUGCAAAGUGGUGGGAGGGCGGGUGGAAUGUUGUCCAUGCUUCCGACCCCAACGAUGCAGAUCGGCGUUUCUCAGAAGAGUGUUUACGAUAUGGAAAUAGGGAAGCAGACGGAGAAGCCCUGGCUUGAGAGAGGGGCAGAUUUGUCUGAUUACUUUAACUACGGGUUCAACGAAGAAUCGUGGAAGAUGUACUGCGAACGGCAAAUGCAAAUGAGGCUGGAGGAUAGCAUGCUUGCGAAAAUCAAGACUGUAGAUGGUAACAAGAGCGUCAGCGCAGCGGCAGGCCAGCGAUUGCCUCAAUUGGGACAGAAAAUUACCCUUCCUCAACAAAAUGGAGUGGCACGAACGGCCGGCAUGCUUGCCGCCGCUGUCCGAGCGGGGGUACAGGCUAAGGUAGCGAAGCCAGCAGUUGCGGCAGCCCCAUCGGCUGGACAAGGAGUUCCACCUCCACCGCCUGGUAUGGGGAUGCCACCCGGUCCUCUUCCUGGUAUGCCGGGGAUGAUGAAGAUGGGGGAUAUGCCGAUGCCUCCAAACAUGCCGCCGUUUCCUUUUCAACCAGGUAUGCUAAACGGAAAAGGAGGAGCGUUUCAGCAUCCUUUUCCUUUCCCACAUAUGCCAGGUGCACAACGGCAAGGGGAUGGGAAGAAUCCGACUCCGCCUAUGUUCCCAGUGCUUCCUGGCAUGCCCGGUAUGCCACCAGGUAUGCCGCCGGGUAUGCCCAUGCCCCCUGGAGGGUUACCUCCAGGGAUGGGCAGAGGUGGGAGCCAUGGACGAGGGUUUCCAGGACAGAAACAAACGCCUCAAAACGUUCAACAGGACAAUGCUCAGAGUCGUGGUAUCAAGAGACCCGCUGGUGACCAUUCGUCUCGCUUCGGUUCGGGAAGCGGUGGAAAGCCUUCUGUCCACCCAUCUCGUCAGGGGUUGGUGCAUGGGAAUCAGCCGCGGCAACAUCGUCAAGGUGGAAUGCAAGGAGGCUCACAGGACGACGAUCGUCGGAGAUGGAGUAAUAAUAGAGGGGGUGGUGACAGAAGGCAAGGAUACGACAGGUCUGGGGGUGAUCGGGGCGGGCAUUCGGGAGGGCAAAGUCAUGGAAAUGAGCAAAGGGGCAGAUCUGGUUAUGAAGAUCGGUAUGCAGAUCGAGGUCAUGAUCGAAGGAGGUCCGGAACUUGGAGUGAAAAAAGGGAGGAUGGCCAGGAGAGACGUCGUGGUGCGGGAGGAUACGAAAACCAGCGGUACUCUGACCCUCGAAGAGAUUACGAUCGAGACCGAGACCGCGACCGUGACCACUACAGGAAAAGAACUGGGAGUGGGCGAGACUACGAUGAAGAUCGCAAGAGGACGCGCCGCUAA